AUGCACAAACUAAACAAAAUUCAUGCUAAAAUCCAGUGCAAUAGCAAGUACGAACAGAUCAGUCUGCUGGUACCAGUAGUGGAUCUAACGAUGGGUAGACCCUACAAGGGUUACCUCAAUCACCUAGACAACUGCCUCGAGUUCAAGUACGUUGCAAUCAAUUGCGUAAUUCAAGUUCUGCUUCGUCCGAAGUGGCCAUACGCAUUGAAGGCGCUGAACAUUGCCAGCGCCUACAACUGUGGGGGCACGGAGUCAUACGGUCCUGACGACCCGGUACGCACCGGGUACCAAGCGUUGACGCUGGCGGCCUUCAGAUCACCCGGAUUGCUCGGAACGCAUGGCUUUAGCUUUGGCAGCAAUUUCGGCUUCCGCGAUCCAUCGGCGACGUCGCCGUCCACCGCGUACGAUACCGCCGGCGUUCAUCCAGCACUCCCACCUGCCACACUCACCGGUGCCGCCGGUUCACUGCUGAACCUUACGCAGCACGCCACCACCAACGCACACUUCGGUCGGUCUGGCGUUCCGACACAUCACGGCGAUACAGGAAGUCCGGUCAAUUUGUAUCUGGGCGGAUCUGGGUCGAUUGUACGCGACGGCACCACGCACGAUCAGCACGGGCCGGAAGGGAGUCCCUACGGACGAUCGUAUCACAGUGCGGCAGACGGUACGGACCAUCAUACCGGGCUUGGUGGGAUUCCUUACGGAGCAGGAGGCGAGCAGGACAAACCGGACCAGGACCAGGACGAAAUCAAUAUUCUGCAGGACGGGUCGCGUGGUAACAGUCCCGUAAACGGAAGGCUCAACAGUAGUAACUACGGUUCGGACGGUAGUCCAGAACCGGAAGGCCGUGAGUCCGGUUCGAAGCAUCGGCGCGAAGAAUCGUGCGGAAGUCCACUCGGCAGUGCGCGGUCAUACUCUAGUCAAACGAAGGACGGUGAGCUGGUGGGACUCGGUAGCUACCCGCUGUCCGGUAGUCCUCACGAAGAUAGUGUUGGAUCGUCCCGAAGUCCUGAGAAUCUUUCCCACGGUGGUGGAAGUUGUGGUCCGCAGCCGGGAUCGCUCCAGUGCCAUCAACCGUCGAACGCUUCCGGAUCUUCGGUUGCUUCUUUCGCGCUGUCCGCCGUUGGACAUCAGCUAGCGCAUCAGCAACAUCAGCAGCAGCUAAACCAUCAUCACCAACAUCAGCACCAUCAGCAUCAUCAGUUGCACAAUAACAACAACAGUAGCGGUGCAGUAAAUCACAACCACCUGGCAGGGUCGAAGGGUAAAACUCCGCACACGAUCUCGGACAUGUUGGACCACAAGUUGCAGCUCAGCUUUCUCGGUCCACCGCUGGCCGCGCUUCACUCAAUGACGGAGAUGAAGGCGGCCCAGCACCAGCAACACGGACACCCGCAGCAACACUCCACCCAAGGGCCACAUUCGCAAGGGCCUGGGAGUCCCGGCAGUCAUCAGACGGCCGUGUCCCAGACGCAAACACACUCCAGCUCGGCCAGCAAUCCGCACGGUAUCGAUACGAUAUUGUCGCGGCCACCACCCGUCACCACCGCCCAACUGAAUGCCUUAGGAGGCGGAAUGCCCCGCUUCACGGCGGCCGUCGCUGCGGCAGCCAACAUGGCGCAGUAUCUGUCGCAAAACCACGCCAACGGUCCGAUGAAGGCCCACGCUGGCCCACUGGUCGACCGGACGCAUCUGUACUGGCCCGGACUGCAGGGUUUGGUAGCGAAUCCGAUGGCCUGGCGUGAUCGGCUCGGUUCCAUGUCCGCCAGCUUGUCGCAGAACCAUCACGCCCAGGACAAGGACGGCAAGAAGAAGCACACCCGGCCCACGUUCAGCGGUCAGCAGAUAUUCGCCCUCGAAAAGACGUUCGAGCAGACGAAAUACUUGGCCGGACCGGAACGGGCCAAGCUGGCGUACGCGCUCGGUAUGACCGAGUCGCAAGUAAAGGUGUGGUUCCAAAACAGGCGAACAAAAUGGCGCAAAAAGCAUGCGGCCGAAAUGGCGACGGCCAAACGGAAACAGGAAGAGCUGGGCGACGGCGAUGGGGACUGUAGCGAACCGAUGGAUUCCGAUUCCGAGAGUCUGGAUCUAGUCGACACCGGAAGCAAUCAGCGGAAACGUUGCCGGAUGGAGGACGAUAUGCGACAUUAG